AUGGAACAGCAACUCGAUCUCACCAAGCUCAAUGAGAAUGACAAGAAAGAGCUCAACCAGGUCUUGACCAGUGAGGCUCAGAAGUCCAAUAUCCAACAGACUGUCCACCACCUGAACGAAGUGUGCUGGGAAAAGUGCAUCACCAGCAAGAUCUCGUCCGGAUCCCUCGAUAAGUCCGAGACCGCCUGCGCGCAGAACUGCGUUGACCGUUGGAUGGAUACUAGCUUGGCUGUUUUGUCCAAGUUGGAUGCCAUGCGUGGUGGACCUGGUCACUAA